AUGGUGAUCGCCCAAAUGCAACAACAACAAAAAAGAAGAUACAUUGACAGAGAUUGGGAACAAGGCCACAUCCGCUUGUGGAACGACUACUUCCAAGAAGAUGCAACAUAUCCAGCCCAUAUAUUCCGUCGUCGUUUCAGAAUGAACAAACAUUUGUUCAUGCGUAUUGUUGAUAGCCUCUCUACUCAAAUUUCAUUCUUUCAACAAAGAAGAGAUGCUACCGGAAGACCCGGUCUAAGUGCACUACAAAAAUGUACGGCAGCCAUUCGUAUGAUGGCAUAUGGUUGUGUGGCUGAUGCGGUUGAUGAAUACCUCCGGCCUGGUGAAAGCACCGCGAUUUCUUGCUUGGAAAAUUUUGUUGAAGGAAUCAUAUAUUUGUUUGGAGCUGAAUACCUAAGAAGACCCACACCAGAAGAUCUUCAAAAACUUCUUGAUAAGGAAGAUGAACGCGGAUUUCCCGGGAUGAUAGGAAGCAUUGAUUGUAUGCACUGGGAGUGGAAAAAUUGUCCAACCGCUUGGAAAGGGCAAUACACACGUGGAUCUGGCAAACCAUCAAUCGUUUUAGAGACUGUAGCUUCAUAUGAUCUUUGGAUAUGGCAUGCAUUUUUUGGACCUCCAGGUACAUUAAAUGAUAUUAAUGUUCUUGAUCGCUCACCGGUUUUUGAUGACAUAUUACAAGGUAAAGCUCCAAAAGUGAAAUACUUUGUCAACGGACGACGAUAUAAUUUGGCAUACUAUCUCACGGAUGGAAUUUAUCCUGACUGGGCUACAUUUAUCCAAUCUAUUCAAAUGCCUGAAAGUGAGAAAGCAAUCUUAUUUGCUCAACGUCAAGAAGCAGCCCGUAGUGCUUUUGGAGUUCUGCAAGCUCGUUUUGCUAUUGUCAAAAACCCUGCUCUUAUUUGGGAUAAAGAAAAAAUAGGCAAGAUUAUGCGAGUUUAUGUAAUUCUUCACAACAUGAUAGUAGAAGACGAACGAGCUGGAUACACUCAGUAUGAUGUAGACUCAUUCACACAACUAGAAGCAACCAGGACUUCACAAGUGGAUUUAACGUACGUGACAGAUAGGCCUACAAAUAUCGGAAAUCUGAUGGGAAUUCGAAAUUCAAUUCGUGAUCAAACAAAGCAUGAUCAAUUGAAAGCAGAUUUAGUAGAGCAUCUAUGGAACAAAUUUGGCACAAAUCCAAAUUACGGUUUAUGA